AUGGAUAGCAUAAAUAAAAUACUGGAUUUUGUCGAUUAUCUUCGGAAUCCGCUGGUCUUACAGAGGAUUUUAAAUUUAAAUAAUAUUAAUCAAAAUUUGCUCAUUCAAAUUUUACGAAGAGCAAAUCAAAGAAAAAAAAUUACUGCUUACAACUUACUUAGAGCAAGAGUUAAUGAAGAAGGGCUUUUAGUAAAUAUAACUGAUGGGCUUAUAAUUGGAAAAUCUGCAGAAAUGAUUUGGAAAGGUUUUACACCUGCUGAAAAAAAUACAUUCACAACAUUAAUUCUUAUAGAACCUGUUGAAAAAAGUACGUUCACCACAUACGCAAGUCAAAUUCGAUCGAGAUUUUCUAUUUGA